GUUUGUUUAGUUGGGAAGAUGAAAUUGAGCCAGCUUGAAGUAAAUAGUAAUUUGGAACAGAGUAUACCAGUGAAUGCCGCAGCUCUGGACUGAGGAAAAACAAGAUCGUAAUUUCGGGAUUAUUUUACUUAAGAACUCGAGGCUAUGAAAUUUUAUCCUGGACUUCAAUCAACUUGGUCCAACUGCACCUGCGAUAGUUUUUUAAUUAUGAACUGCACAAGAAAUGGAAAUAAUAGUCCGAAUCCUACAGUUUUACUGAUAAUCACAGUAACAUUAUGUAUUUUGAUUGGAGCAACUACCAUCAUUGGUAACACUCUUAUAAUSAUUGCUAUGAAACAAAACAAGUCCCUUCAAAAACCUACAAACUAUUUCAUCGCUUCUCUMGCUUUGGCAGACUUGGUUAUUGGAACAACUCUCAUCCCUAUUAGUUUGGCUGGAAGCUUACACAGGCCGGKGUGGUUUUAUUCCAAGUUAUUCGAUUUUGUAUUAACWCAAAGCUUUGCYGCUUCGACAUUUAAUUUAAGCGCAGUAAGUUUUGAUCGAUAUUUGGCAAUCACGUGCCCAUUUAGGUACCCACAAUUGAUGAACAAACGGAAAAGCAAGGUCAUCAUUGUUAUCAUAUGGUUUGGCUCGUUAUCUUUGGCCAGUUUCAACUUCAUCGGGUUUCAUAGAAAGCGAAUAGCACACUUAGUAGCAACCAUAUUGAUUUUUGUAAUUCCGUUUAUUGUCAUCUUGUUCUUCUAUCGCGAGAUUUUCAAAGAAGCAAAAAAACAGAGGGCUGUUAUCAGAACUCAAAAUAGACUCCAGAGUGUUACAAUCGAGUUCCAAAGACAACGACGACUUGCUGGAGUUCGGGAACAUAGAGCGACCGUUACAAUAGCAAUUGUCAUCGGGAUUUUUGCGGUUUGUUGGACUCCUAACAUGACAAUGGCUAUUCUGCAAGUUGCCUGGGAAAAACACCGCAGUUGUAUAAAUAACCUAAGUGCUUUUGAAAGCGGCUGGUUGGUUUCCAUGACAAUCGCUUUUGCAAAUUCGAGCUUGAAUCCACUCAUCUAUGCCUCAAGAAACGACGAAUUCCGUCAAGCUUUCAAAAAAGUACUAUUUCGCUCGUGUAAUUUGAGAAAUAUGGCAGAUAUCCAAACCAAACGACAAUAUUAACCAAGAAAAAAGAACUUCUGAAAAACGUAGUCUG